AUGACAGACACUAAGAAAACGGUUCUCAUCACGGGCAGCACCCGUGGGAUCGGUCUCGCGCUGGUAGAGCACUACACCAAGGCUGGCUGGAACGUGAUUGCCACCGCUCGCGCCACUAGUAACACCGACAAGGCUCUCUCGCCGCUCAAGAUUGUCACGCUAGACACCUGUGACGAGUCCUCUGUGCUUGAAGCGGCGAGCGAGCUGGACGAAGUGCCCAUCGACCUUCUCAUCAACAACGCCGGCAUCGCCCAACCCACGAUCUUCGCGACGGCCACGAAAGACUCGUUCAUGCAACAGUUCGAGGUCAACGUCACCGGGCCAUUCCUGGUGACGCGCGCGCUGUUGCCCAAUCUCGAGUUGGCGGUCCGCGGUCACUAUGGCUAUGUCGCUUCCAAGGCUGCACUCAACAUGGUGACUCGCUCACUGGUCUUGGAUCUACGUGACCGCAACAUCAUUGUUGUUGCCGCGAACCCAGGCUUCGUGGACACUGAGAUGAACAGCCAUCAAGGCCACGACUCUGGUAAAUUCUUUGACGCCGACCCCACCACUUCUACGUCGGAGUUGCCGUGGUGA